AUUGCCAUUGAACACGACAGAGUUUUGGAAGAAAUGGAGGUAGCUAGAGGAAGAAAAGGAAAAUGAGAAGGAAGAAAAUGCGACUAAAGGGAUGACAAAGCAGGAGAUAAAAGAAAUUUUUAAGGAAGCAAUGAACGAAACCAUCUCGGAGUUGAAGUCCAAUAUAGACCUGAAGUUUCGGGAGCUGAUUAGUUCGAUGGAUGUGGUGGUACCGGCACCCCAACAGCAACAACUAGCAGCACAAUGCUUAGCACAAUUGACAACAAUACUAUAUCGUAUGAGCUUCCAGGAAUUGUGAAGAGGAGGGCGGACAGAAUCGAGAGCGUGAACAAGUGUAUCCGGUUUUUAGGGAAUGUCCUUUUCUCUAAGGAGGAAUUCCUAAACUCAACAAUUUCCGGUACAAAUGCACAAGGCGAAAUAGUGAAUAAAUUAGACGAAAAGAAACUUGAAGCAACUGAAGACUACAUUGCAAGAAGGUUUACGCAAUUUGGUGGGGUAGCCAAGAUUCGAGAAAUUGUUGGGAAGCGAUGCAGGGAGAUUCAGCGCCUAGCUAGGGAAAAGUAACUUAGUAAAAUAAGUAUAAUAUAGUAUCUAAAUUAAAUAAAAAUAAUAUAAAGUAUAACCAUAUAUAUAGUCUGUUACUGUAAUUCCUGGCCCCGAAACCUAGACUCAGAAAUACCGGGUUGGUGUCCGGCGGGGGAUAGUUUUCACCAUAGUUUAAGAUUUACUUUAAAUACAGUUAUAUUAAAUAAAUAUUCGUUGUAAGUUACA